AUGAGCUCCACCCCGAGCCAGAGCCAGGACGGCGAUGCCUUGGACAAGGCCAUGCUAGCACACGCCCCCAAGAUUGCCGGCUCAUUCUGGAUCUUCCUCGCUGUCGUCAUCACGGCCAGCGUCGUGCUAAUCUGCCUCGGUGUGGCGUUGUUCUUUCUCUGCUCACGCCGUCGCAAGGCUCGCCACCUCGCCAAAUCAGCCCGCGGUGACGACCUCAUGACGCAUCACCCAACCUCCCUCUUCUUCGAGACGGUCACCGCCUCCGCGGAGCAACGCGCGCCGUACAAGCAUGUGAUGGGGAGCGAGGACACGUACGCCAGUGAGCGCGAGCACAAGGAGGGAGAAUACGACCAAGGCUAUGGACUCGAUUAUAGCUACGAUGAGUCGAGGUAUAACAACAGCGCAGCCGCGGAGACGGCGCCCCUCGCGCCGCCCCAAGUACUCCCAGCCGCGACCUCGCGCAAGACGUCGCGCGCGCGAGGUCACGGCGGUUCUCGUUGGCAGGUACUCACGGAUUCGUCCGACGACGAGGAAGACGAGGAACAAGACGGCGGCGCUGGCGGCGGCGGCGAUUUGGCAGACGUGACGCUCGGUACUCAGAGUCGGCGUGGCUCCUCCGCGCAGCACGGCGUGGCCCCAACGUCUGCCCCCUUUGGUCUGCACGACUACUAUCUAGCCCAAGUGGCCGAAGCCGCCACCCCUCCCUCGCCGAGGGCCACGAGGAGGGAGAGCGAUGCGCGCGGUUCCGAGGCUUAUGAAGCUGUACCACUUCCACCUGCUACUCCACGACGUCAUAGCCGCACGCGCAGUCGUAGGAACAGCUGGGAGCACGAGGACGCGACGGGGGAGCCAAGCAUUCGUGUCAUCCCGCGCGCCUCUUCCCCGCCUCGUAACCAGCCUCGCCGCUCCUCCAUGCCCGCCGAACCACCUGCCACUUUGCCCAUUAGUCAAAGUGUCGGCAGCGCGGCACUCCCACCCAGCCUCGUAGUCGGGAAUGGUGCUCCAGGCCAGCCGCGCACGCUCAGCGGGGGCACCACACCAGCCGUUGCAAGUCCCGUAGGGAGGCCGAGAAGCUUCAGUAGCGGAGCGGCGUCGAGCACGUCGCGCCGAUGGAGCAACAACGUCAAUGCCAACGAGACCACCCCGCCUGUUCCUCCUAUCCCGGCGGCGCUACGUACCAGUAUGCUUCCAGAGGUCAGAAAGGGCAGCACGCCGCCGAAAGAGGGAGAGGCGGCGAGUUCAUCCCUCGAGCGUAGCUUGCCAGUGGCACGAAAUCAAUCGGAGAGGGAUAUGCCUGGCGAGCAGGAACAGCCCUCUCCCCCUAGUCGUACUGCUACACAAGCGCAUGACCUGACUCUAUUCUCAAGUCGCGACUCCCAUGCAUCCAUUCCCGUCUCCCCUCCACCGCAGUACGUUCCACGCCUCGAGCUUCAGCCCGCCACAGAGGCCCCACCUCCAUCCACGAGCGCGAGCACGAGCGCGACUCGCCGCCUUCCAUCGGGAAAACGCUCCUCCGCCCCUUCUGGACCGCGAUCCUUCGCCAAUCCGGCAGCAGCGGCCAGCAGCGCCAGCGCCCACGGCGGCGGUACGCGAGGCGUCUCCCCCUUCGACCCACGCGCGACAGAGCGAAGAGGGGAGAGUUGGCCGAGUGUUCCACAAGGUUGGACCCUUGCGCAGCAGCAGCAGCCGCAGCCCGAGGCGCAGGCCGAGGCGCAGCCCGAGGCGCAGGCCGAGCCAGCACGCCCAGCAGAGCAACAGGGUCACGAACUUCCAUCAGCACCACGUCGCCCCGUAGUCCAACAAGCGGGAAAGAGACACGAACACCUACAUCGUCGUCAAUCGAGCCAGGGAGCACAUAAUGGGGGAGCGUGGUGGGAGGUGGAGCCUGCUUCGUCUACUUCACGUCAGCACACUGGUCAACCCGGCAAGAAGAUUUCAGAGGGGGAGAGACCUCCACGUCUUCCCUCUCUGCCCUUCCAGCCAGACUCGGACGUGGAGUCGGGGUCGGCCUCAAAGGCGGGCUCAGGCUCUCGACUUCCUCCUGCCUCCUCGUCAGGCUCAGGCCCGGCGUGGUACACCUGGCAAGGGGAUUGGGAGGGGGCGAGGAGGGACAGUCGCGGUUUUGGGUACGUGUGA